UCUUACCGGCUCCCCGCCCGCGGCUGACGGGUCGUGGGCGGCUGUGGAUUUCAUCUGGAAGGCCGGAGCUAAGACCCCGCCCAUGGUGUCGAUGGAGUACGCGUUCAUCCGCAAGUCGCUGACGGGUGUGACCGGCGGGAAGAUCGCCAAGGCGUUCAUGCAGUACAUGAUCGGCUCGUUCGCUAAGGGCGGGUAUGGGUUCUCAGCCACCCCGACUGCCUGGAAGAGCAAGUCCAUUACCAUGGUGAAUGCCAUUGCUGCGGAUAAGUCCACGGCUUCCAAAACAAGGCUGGCAUAGGGGAGAGCAUAAACAUGAGCGAGUGGU